AUGGAUGCAGGGAAUCGGUACAAGAUGCCGCGAUUUCCUCUGUCUGAUCGCAUGCUUAAAAGGAAAAAUCCCUGUGAUGAUUUGGACAGGUUCAUUCCCAACAGGUCUGCGAUGGAUUUUGACUUUGCUCAGUUCAUGCUCACGGGUGGAAAGGUAGAAAAGGAAAAUUCAGCAUCGUCUUCUCCAUCCAAAGAUGCUUACAGGAAGCAUCUUGCAGAAAUUUUCAGCAUGAACAGAACCAGGAUCCUUGCUUUUAAGAACAAGCCACCCCCAUCUGUCGAUGGUGUUCAAGAAUUCUCCUCACUAAUUAAUUGGUCAAGUGUCACCAAGCGUAGUAGAUUCAUUCCCCAAUCUUCCGAAAGAACUCUGGAUGCUCCUGAUAUCCUAGAUGAUUUCUAUCUGAAUUUGCUGGAUUGGGGUGGCAACAAUGUUCUUGCUAUUGCCUUGGGGAAUUCAGUAUACCUGUGGGACGCUUCCGAUGGAUCGACUUCUGAACUUUUUGCCAUUGAUGAUGAUAUUGGGCCUGUAACAAGUGUCAGAUGGGCACCUGAUGGACAAUCCCUUGCUGUUGGAUUGAAUAACUCCCAUGUGCAGCUGUGGGACUCCAUUGCCAGUAGGCUGGUAUGUGUUUGCCAUGAUUUUGUUCCAUAA